GAGAAAUGUUUCUCACAAAGACAGGUGCUGCUUCAGUGUGCUCUACCUUCACAACAUCCAGCCGCAUAUUGAACUAUGAAGAUCGCUUCGUUCAACGUGCAGAGGUUUGGUGUGAGGAAAGUCUCGGAUCCUGACAUCCUGUCCAUCCUGGUGAAGAUUGUCUCUCGAUAUGAUAUCAUACUCAUUCUGGAGGUGGUGGAUGUGAGCGGCGCUUCUGUCAAACUCUUCUUGAAUGAGCUGAACAGGGUCAACACAUCCCAUCACUACACCCUGCAGCUCAGUGCCCGUCUGGGGAGGAACCGAUACAAGGAGCAGUUUCUGUUCCUCUUCAGAGACGAUGUGGUUGACUUGAUCGACUCCUACCAAUAUGAAGACAACCUGGCACACAACAUGGACGCCUUUGCAAGAGAGCCUUACAUCCUCCACUUCAAACCUCGCAACACAGUGCUGAAGGAUAUAGUGCUGAUCCCGGUUCACACCCGACCACAGGACUCGGAGAAAGAGCUGGACGAGCUCUACGAGGUCUUCCUGGCAGUUAAGAACAAAUGGAAUACUGAAAAUAUAAUGAUCCUGGGGGAUUUCAACGCAGACGGUGCGUAUGUGACAAACAAGGAAAUGAGGGAAAUCCGAAUUCGCAGCGACAAGAACUUCCACUGGCUGAUCGGCGAUGACGUGGACACCACUGCAAAAACCACCAACGAUCACACCUACGACAGGAUCGUUGUGCACGGAAAAGACAUGCUGGCAACUAUUGUCCCUCACUCAGCCAAGCCCUUUAAUUUUCACAAAGAAUUUUCUCUGACAGAAGAAAUGGCCCUAAGAGUGAGUGAUCACUACCCUGUCGAAGUAGAGUUAUGCGGCUCUACCCCCUUCUGGAUGACAAACAGCAGCCGCACUCGUUCAACACAAGACACCAAAGAAGCAGCAGAGCGCAGAGCUGUCACAGAGCGGUUGGAGGAGGAUGUGUUGAAGCUGCAGAGAGAAAACCUGCUGCUGGAGAAAGAGAAGCUGCAGCUCCAGAUCACCUUACUGAAACAUCGCCUUGACACCCUCAAAGUGGAAGCAUGAUCAAUGAGACAUUUCAAUGUG